CCUGGCUGGGGGUGGCACUGCCCGUGAGGGGACUGAGAGGCCCCAGAGCUCUUUGUCCCUGUCCUUCCCCCCCAGGUAUUUACAUAGCCAAGGCAUGGGCUACAACCAGAGCACCCGAGGGGCAGCUCUGCUUCCCCACACAGCGGUGCUUUCAGCAUGGCCACCCCUGAUGGGACACAAAGCUUGGGAUGGAGGAUGGUAGGGCAGAGCACCCCCACUUAGGGGAGGGCAGGAUCCUCCCACCAUGGGAGCCUGGCAAGGGUGUAUGGAAGCGGCGUGAUGCCCAGGCACAGCCAGAGCAGGCAGGCACUCACCGGUCCACGCUGAUCGCACACAGGUUGAAGAUGGACGCCGUGCACAGCAUCACGUCCAUGGUCAUCAGGGCAUCACACAGCACCGUGCUCAGGGACCACACACCUCCCUGGAACUGGAAAGAUCCCAGGGUCAGCAGAUGCCUUUAAAGUGACAGGGAACACCUCCGUGCCUGGGUGCCUCAGCCACUCCCACUUCCUCCAGACAAGCAGCCUAAGGCCGAGCGCUCCUCCCGUGGCACGAUGCUCCCGGCACGGCAGUGGCACACAGGAGUCAGCCCCGUACACGAGCUCACAGCCUGCCCAGGGCUGGCAGGAGAACUGAGCCCACAGAGCGUCAGCACAGCCAGCUUGGUCAUCUUGGCCAGGGGCACAGCUCUGCACAGCCCCUGGCAGAGGACAGGCAGCAGGACAGGCAGCAGGACAGCAGUGGCUGAUGCUGGUACAGACAGAGACUACUUGCAGCAGUUUGUUCCAAGCGAACGCUCAUCUCACCCAGGCGGAACUUGGUUCCUCAGGAAUUACUGUGGAUGCCUGGAAGUGCCCCAGGCCUGCUCAGCUACAAAAGUAUCUGAGAAGAAUGGUAAAGAAUGUGCCUUUCUAACCAGAAAAACUGAGAGAGAACCACUCAGCCUCAGGAGCUGCUGGCCCGGCCCGGGGCAGACGCCCCGGUGCACCUCCACUCGGGGCAUCUCCACUCGGUGUGUUCGCGGCUCGGAGGGCAGGGCAGCCCCGGGACCCGCCCGUGGCCCCGGUGGCACUCGCAGAGCUGGGAGUGAUGCAAGGAAAUGUCUCCAAGCCGCUCCCCGCUGGCAGCAGCGUCACCGUCAGCUCAGGGCCUGGGCAGGGCUCACCUGCAGACACACAGAGACAACCCCAUGCCCACAUGGCCUCACACAGAACUUGGACUUACCCUGCAAAGCUCCGAGUGCUGAUUUUGGAGAGUCUGUCUGCAUCCUCCCUGUGGUGUGGGUCAGGAUAUGCAGCUUUGUGAUGAAACCCUCUCUUUUCCAAAGUGCAGUUUUCUGUCUUUACCUCCACCACAGAAAAAGGCGAGGGGAAUCUCCACUCCCACUUGGAACAUUCUCACAAGUGGAGAAUGGGAGCAGCAAGGUGCGGAUUCCCAAAGCUCCAAUCAGUCAAUAUUGCCGAGCAGGAUCCUUUAUCACUCCUGUUUCCAGAAUGUCUCCUGGAGGAAGGCAGGUGUGUUAUAAAUUCCAGAUACAGCUCCUGUGUGGUCCUUGGGGAAAGAUUUCAGGAGAGGACAUGGUUUCCAUGAUGACAACUCUGUGGCAAGUCAUUAUUCCCAUGAUUGUCCUGUCCCACUUCUCAGCAUCUCUGCCAUCCCGGGAGAGUCCCCCCAGGACGGAGCGACAUGCUGACGGGCUCUUCCACAGCGAGCUCAGCAAGAUGAACGGCAACGCCUAUGUGAGGCAGCUGGUCAAACACCUGGUGGGCCUCAGGGAGAGGUCCCAGCGGCACUCGGAUGGGCUGUUCACCAGCGAGUACAGCAAGAUGAGAGGGAACGCCCAGGUGCAGAAAUUCAUCCAAAACCUCAUGGGCCGCAAGCGCAGCUCUCCUGGCCCGGUCAACACAGAUGUGCAGGAGAGAGAGGAAGAGAACAGCCCUGUAGAACUUUGCUUUCUCUGGUUGUACCAGAGCUUUCUGAACACCAGCCUCUCAGACAGAGAUGCCUGGGAAGCUGCUGCCACCACCAGCCGGUACGUUUGCCCCAUCUCUAAGCCUCUGGUUGCAGACAUGAAGGAAGAUACAGAUGGUUCUGCCUGAAGGUGAAGGGAAAAAACCAGCCAAG